CGGGCCCGGCCCUUUCCCCGGACAGCCCCUUGACACCGCGAGGCAUCCCGGUGAGCUUCCCCGAGCCGCGGCAGGCGGCCGCCGCUGGAAGCGGGGAUGCCGGGCAGCGAGCCUCGCCCCCCACCUCCAGGGCCCACCACACCGUGCCCGCCUCCGGGCCGCCCCGCCCCGCGCGCCUGCGCAGAGCCCGCCGCGCCCGCCGUCAUGGCAGCCCUGAAGCACCGCCGCACGGCGCUGGAGCGGGUGGAGAAGUUCCUUUCCGAGACCUACUUCACCGACUGCAACCUGCGGGGCAGGCUCUUUGGGGAUCGUUGUCCGCCGGCAUCGCUCUCCUGCUUCCAGACCCCGCGGCGCAUCCCGUACAAUGAGGCUGUCAGGCAGGAAUUCACACCAGCUAAAGUGGGAGACUCCUUCGGGCCCACGUGGGAGACGUGCUGGUUUAAGGUAGAGCUGAGCAUCCCCCUGGCAUGGGCAGGGCGGGAAGUGCACUUCAUCUGGGAGAGCGAUGGGGAGGGCAUGGUGUGGCGCGACGCCCAGCCUGUCCAGGGUUUGACGAAGGAAGGUGAGAAGACCAGCUACAUCCUGACAAGCAGCCUGAAAGCGACAGAGCCCCACAGUUUGACGCUGUACGUGGAGCUGGCCUGCAAUGGUCUCUUUGGGGCUGGCAAGGGCAGUAUGAUCGCCCCUCCGGACCCUGACAGGAGGUUCACCCUGAGCAAGGCUGAGCUGGUCGUCUUCAACAGGGAUGUCUACGAGCUGCUGGUGGAUCUGGAAAUACUGCUGGGCAUGGCCCAGCUCCUCGGGGAGGAAAACCAGAGGAGUUUCCAGGCACUGUACACAGCCAACCAGAUGAUCAACGUGUGUGAUGUUAUGGACCCCUCCACCUUCCCUGCUGCCCGUGACCUGGCUGCGACGAUCUUCAGCCAGAGGAAUGGCGAGAGCCAGCACACCAUCCAUGCCAUGGGUCACUGCCACAUUGACUCUGCCUGGCUGUGGCCAUAUGAGGAGACCAUCCGUAAGUGCGCUCGGAGCUGGGUCACAGUGGUCCGUCUGAUGGAGUGCAAUCCAGAGCUCACCUUCACCUGCUCCCAGGCACAGCAGUUCGAGUGGGUGCGGAGCUGGUAUCCCGGACUCUACGCGCAGAUUCAGGACUUCGUGGCGAAGGGGCAGUUCAUUCCCGUCGGAGGCACCUGGGUGGAAAUGGAUGGUAACCUGCCCAGUGGGGAGUCCAUGGUGCGGCAGUUCCUCCAGGGACAGCAGUUUUUCCAGGAGCAGUUUGGCCGGAUCUGCUCAGAGUUCUGGCUGCCGGACACAUUUGGAUACUCAGCCCAGCUGCCCCAGCUGAUGCGUGGCUGUGGGAUCAGGCGGUUCCUCACGCAGAAGCUUAGUUGGAACCUGGUGAACACCUUCCCGCAUCACACUUUUUUCUGGGAAGGCAUUGAUGGUUCCCGAGUCCUGACCCAUUUUCCCCCUGGUGACUCCUAUGAGAUGCAUGGGCAAGUGGAGGAGAUGCUGAAAACGGUGAAGAACAACAAGGACAAAGGACGUGUGAACCACAGCGCUCUCCUCUUCGGCUUUGGAGAUGGAGGAGGGGGCCCCACGCAGAAAAUGCUGGACAGGAUAAAGAGAAUGAGUGACACAGAUGGGCUGCCAAGGGUUCAGAUCUCAACUCCCGACCGACUCUUUUCUGUCCUGGAGAAGGAGUCAUCACAGCUGUGCACCUGGGUGGGAGAGCUCUUCCUUGAGCUGCACAACGGCACGUAUACCACCCAGGCCCAGAUAAAGAAGGGGAAUCGGGAGUGCGAGCGAAUUCUCCACGAUGUCGAAGUGCUCAGCACCUUGGCUCUGGCACAGAGCGGAACGUUCCAGUAUCCUGCCAGCCAGUUGCAGCGGCUCUGGAGGUUAUUGCUGCUGAACCAAUUCCAUGAUGUUUUGCCAGGCAGCUGUAUCCAGCUCGUGGUUGAGGAUGCCCUGCAAUACUACGCUGAGAUACGCAGGGCUGGUGCUCAGCUGCAGGAGGAAGCUGUGCAGUCCUUAUGCGGGGACCUGCUGCAAUCCAAGGCAGGGAGUGCCGAGAGCACCCUUGUGUUAAACACCUUGCCUUGGGAGCGGACCGAGGUGAUCUCCAGGACUGGGCCAGCUGGAACAGAGACUUUAGCUCUGGUGACAGUCCCCAGCAUGGGCUAUGCUAUAGUGAGGGAGCCAUUGCUGCCCGCUCAGCCUGUGGCCGUGAGGAAACAGGAGGAUGGCUCCAUUACCAUGGAGAAUGGGAUGAUUGCAGUCUGCCUGGACACGAUGGGGCGUCUGACCUCGCUUCGGCUGGUAGACUCUGAGAGAGAGUCAGUCCCAGAUGGCUGCUAUGCCAACCAGUUUGCACUCUUUGAUGAUGUUCCCCUGUACUGGGAUGCCUGGGAUGUGAUGGAUUAUCACUUGGAAACCAGGAAGCCAGUGACAACACUGCUGAAGCCUCUGGAAAUCACCCUGGCUGGGGGCCUGCGGGGAAGUGCGAGCUUCUCUCUGCGGAUUGGGAAAAGCAGCACCUUAACCCAGGAGAUCAUCCUGGAUGCCGCGUGUCCGUACCUCCGCUUCCUGACCCAGGUUGAGUGGAAGGAGGCUCACAAGUUCCUGAAGGUGGAGUUCCCUGUGCAGGUCCGGAGCACAAACGCCACCUACGAGAUCCAGUUUGGACACCUGCAGCGGCCAACACACUAUAACACAUCAUGGGAUUGGGCCCGAUUUGAGGUGUGGGCUCACAAGUGGCUGGAUCUCUCUGAGCACUGCUUCGGGGUGGCGCUGCUGAAUGACUGCAAAUACGGGGCAUCUGCCCACAGGAACGUCCUCAGCCUCUCGCUGCUGAGAGCACCCAAGUCCCCCGAUGCCACGGCAGACAUCGCGCACCACCAGUUCACAUAUGCCGUGAUGCCUCACCAGGGUUCCUUCCAGGAGGCUGGUGUGAUCCAGUGUGCCUACAACUUGAAUUUCCCCCUCCAUGCAGUCACAGCCAGCUCCGCUCAGUGCCCAGCCUGGAGCGCCUUUUCUGUCAGCUCACCUGCGGUUGUGCUGGAGACUGUCAAGCAGGCUGAGGACAGACCUGAAGCUGUGGUGGUGCGGCUGUACGAGGCACAUGGCAGCACGGUUGUCGCCUGGCUCCAGACCUCCCUCCCCGUUAAGGAGGCAAUGCUCUGUGACCUCUUGGAGCGGCCGGCUUCGAGAGGCUGCCUGCCGCUGGAGCAGCGGGGUGUCAGGCUUUCCUUCACACCCUUCCAUGUGCUCUCCAUCCUCUUGGUCUUGAGGCAGUGACGCCAUCAGUCACCCUUGCUAGCGCGGCGGUGACCUGGACCAACACCCUGAGCUCAAAUUGCAGCCUGAGGCUUCCCCUGUCCCAAGAGCUCUGCAAGGAGGCGGUGGUUCCAGGGAAGGGAAGAGUCUCCCCCUUGUCCCCCACAGCCAUUGGAGAGCAGCGCUUGAGAACAACCACGUUCUUCAGGAACAGAGGGCAGUUGUCCGCCUGCCUAACUGGAGAGGAGCGAGUUCCCAGCUAGCCAAAGUGUGGGUUAGGGUUGUGGGACAGGCUGGCUGUCCCCGCCUGAGCUCUGCUCCAGCCCCGGGGGGUUUGGGGAGCAGCAGCUUUCCACAGUGGCUCCUGCGUCAUGGCCUUCAUCUUGUCCAGACUCUAGCAGCAACUGUAAAAGCACACUACAGUCAUUUCCCUCUCCCUUCGCCUGCCUCUCGUCGUGCCCUUGUGGAAGAGGAACACAAGUAAAGAGGAGAAUUACACAAAAACAA